AUGGAGAGGAAGAGAGCAGAAGGCUCCAUCUCCAAGGAAGCCCAAGUGGUGGAGACCCCAGGCUGCCCUCGCAGCUCCUUGCCUCCAGCUGAGGAUGAGGAUGUUAGCUGGGGCCCCUACACCCCCCCCCCCACCUUCCUACCCCCGGGGCGGGACUCGGUGCUUCGCCGCAAAGCUCUGGGCGACCGUCGGGGCUGGAGUUUACGGUGCACGCAGCUCGCCGAAUCCUGCCUCAACGGGGGCAAGUGUGAAACUUUUCUCAACGGGACGGAGGUGUGCCAGUGUAGUGGGGCCUACGUGGGCGAGCGGUGCCAGCUGCCCAACCCCUGCCUCAGCUCCCCCUGCAAGAACGCCGGCACCUGCACCCCGGUGGUGCGCGGCAGCACCGUGGACUACACCUGCGCCUGCCGCCUGGGCUUCACCGACGAGCUCUGCCUGACGCCCCGCGACAACGUCUGCCUCAGCAACCCCUGCCGCAACGGGGGGACCUGCGACCUCCUCACCCUCAGCGAGUACAAGUGCCGCUGCCCCCCGGGCUGGUCAGGCAAAACCUGCCAGCAGGCCGACCCCUGCGCCUCCAACCCCUGCGCCAACGGGGGCCAGUGCGUCCCCUUCGAAGCCCACUACAUCUGCCGCUGCACCGCCGGCUUCCACGGGGCCAACUGCAAGCAGGACGUCAACGAGUGCAACAUCUCGCCCUCCGUCUGCAAGAACGGCGGGAGCUGCACCAAUGAGGUGGGCACCUACCAGUGCUCCUGCAAACCGGCCUACACCGGGCAGAACUGCGAGCACCUCUACGUGCCCUGCAACCCCUCGCCCUGCCAGAACGGGGGGACCUGCCGCCAGAUCGGAGACACCACCUACGACUGCACCUGCCUGCCAGGGUUCACGGGCCAGAACUGUGAGGAGAACAUCAACGACUGCCCAGGCAACAACUGCAAGAAUGGGGGCACCUGCGUGGACGGGGUCAACACCUACAACUGCCAGUGCCCACCGGAGUGGACAGGUCAGUACUGCACUGAGGACGUGGACGAGUGCCAGCUGAUGCCCAACGCUUGCCAGAACGGGGGCACCUGCCACAACAACCACGGCGGCUACAACUGCGUCUGCGUCAACGGCUGGACAGGCGAGGACUGCAGCGAGAACAUUGAUGACUGUGCCAUGGCCGCCUGCUUCCACGGGGCCACCUGCCACGACCGGGUGGCCUCCUUCUACUGCGAGUGCCCCCACGGCCGCACAGGUUUGCUGUGCCACCUUGACGACGCCUGCAUCAGCAACCCCUGCAACGAGGGCUCCAACUGCGACACCAACCCCGUCAACGGCAAAGCCAUCUGCACGUGUCCUUCGGGGUACAUGGGGCCAGCCUGCAACCAGGACGUGGACGAGUGCUCGCUGGGAGCCAACCCUUGCGAACACGCAGGGAAAUGCAUCAACACCCAGGGGUCCUUCCAGUGCCAGUGCCUGCAGGGCUACUCCGGCCCUCGCUGUGAGAUCGAUGUCAAUGAGUGCCUCUCCAACCCCUGCCAGAAUGAUGCCACCUGCCUGGACCAGAUCGGGGAGUUCCAGUGCAUCUGCAUGCCUGGUUACGAGGGGGUUUACUGCGAGAUCAACACGGACGAGUGUGCCAGCAGCCCCUGCCUGCACAACGGCAACUGCCUCGACAAGAUCAAUGAGUUCCACUGCGAGUGUCCCACCGGCUUCAACGGGCACCUGUGCCAGUUCGACAUCGACGAGUGUGCCAGCACCCCCUGCAAGAACGGCGCCAAGUGCGUGGAUGGCCCCAACACCUACAGCUGCGAGUGCACCGAAGGUUUCUCGGGCGCUCACUGCGAGAUCGACAUCGAUGAGUGCGACCCCGACCCGUGCCACUACGGGACCUGCAAGGACAGCAUCGCCGCCUUCACCUGCCUCUGCCAGCCCGGCUACACGGGCCACCGCUGCGACAUCAACAUCAACGAGUGCCAGAGCCAGCCCUGCAAAAACGGGGGGACCUGCCAGGACAGGAACAACGCCUACAACUGCCUCUGCCUCAAAGGGACCACAGGGCCCAACUGCGAGAUCAACCUGGACGACUGCGCCAGCAGCCCCUGCGACUACGGCAAGUGCAUCGACAAGAUCAAUGGCUACGAGUGCACCUGCGAGCCGGGGUACACAGGGCGAAUGUGCAACAUCAACAUCGACGAGUGCUCCAGCAACCCCUGCCACAACGGAGGCACGUGCAAGGAUGGCAUCAACGGCUUCACCUGCCUCUGCCCCGAGGGCUUCCACGACCCCAAGUGCCUCUCCGAAGUCAACGAGUGCAACAGCAACCCCUGCAUCCACGGGAAAUGCCACGACGGGCUCAAUGGCUACAGAUGUGACUGUGACCCAGGCUGGAGCGGGACAAACUGCGACAUUAACAAUAACGAGUGUGAAUCCAAUCCCUGCAUGAAUGGUGGCACCUGCAAGGACAUGACCAGCGGCUACAUCUGCACCUGCAGGGAGGGCUUCAGCGGACCCAACUGCCAGACCAACAUCAACGAAUGCGCUUCCAACCCCUGCCUGAACCAAGGCACGUGCAUCGAUGAUGUCGCUGGCUACACCUGCAACUGUCUCCUGCCCUACACAGGAGCCACCUGCGAGGACGUGCUGGCCCCCUGCGCUGGCAGCCCCUGCAAGAACGGCGGCGAGUGCCAGGAGUCAGAAGACUAUGAGAGCUUCUCCUGCAGUUGCCCCUCUGGCUGGCAAGGUCAGACCUGUGAGAUCGACAUCAACGAGUGCGUGAAGAGCCCCUGCCGCAACGGGGCCACCUGCCAGAACACCAACGGGAGCUACCGCUGCGCCUGCAGGACCGGCUUCACCGGCCGCAACUGCGACACCGACAUCGAUGACUGCAAGCCCAAUCCAUGCCACAACGGUGGUUCCUGCUCUGAUGGCGUUGGCACCUUCUUCUGCGAGUGCCUGGCUGGUUUCCGUGGGCCCAAGUGCGAGGAGGACAUCAAUGAGUGUGCCAGCAACCCCUGCAAGAACGGUGCCAACUGCACCGACUGCGUCAACAGCUACACCUGCACCUGCCCCUCCGGCUUCAGCGGCAUCCACUGCGAGAACAACACACCUGACUGCACCGAGAGCUCCUGCUUCAACGGUGGGACCUGCGUGGAUGGCAUCAACACCUUCACCUGCCUCUGUCCGGCCGGCUUCACGGGCAGCUACUGCGAGCAUGACAUUAACGAGUGCGACUCCAAGCCGUGCCUGAACGGGGGCACGUGUCAGGACAGCUACGGGACAUACAAGUGCACUUGUCCCCAGGGAUACACCGGACUCAACUGCCAGAACCUGGUGCGUUGGUGCGACUCCUCUCCCUGCAAAAACGGAGGCAAGUGCUGGCAGACCAACAACCUGUACCGCUGCGAGUGCAACAGCGGGUGGACAGGGCUCUACUGCGACGUCCCCAGUGUCUCCUGCGAGGUGGCUGCUAAGCAGCAAGGUAUCGAUGUAGCACAUCUCUGCAGGAAUUCAGGGCUGUGUGUGGACACUGGCAACACUCACUUCUGCCGCUGCCAGGCUGGUUACACCGGCAGCUACUGCGAGGAGCAGGUGGAUGAGUGUUCCCCCAACCCCUGCCAGAACGGAGCCACCUGCACGGACUACCUGGGGGGCUACUCCUGUGAGUGCGUGGCUGGUUAUCAUGGAGUUAAUUGCUCGGAGGAGAUCAAUGAGUGCUUGUCCCACCCAUGCCAGAAUGGAGGAACCUGCAUCGAUCUCAUCAAUACCUACAAAUGCUCCUGCCCCAGAGGAACUCAAGGGGAGCGCUGCGAGGGAGACGUCAACGAGUGCCUGUCCAACCCCUGCGACGCCCGCGGCACCCAGAACUGCGUGCAGCGGGUCAACGACUACAAAUGCGAGUGCCGACCGGGCUACACAGGCCGUCGCUGCGACACCGUGGUGGACGGCUGUAAAGGCAAACCCUGCAGGAACGGGGGAACGUGCGCGGUUGCCAGCAACACCGGCCGUGGCUUCAUCUGCAAAUGCCCCCCGGGCUUCGUGGGUGCCACCUGCGAGAACGACUCCCGCACCUGUGGGAACCUCCACUGCCUGAACGGUGGCACCUGCAUCUCCAUCCACAAGAGCUCCAAGUGCAUGUGCGCGCCGGCCUUCACGGGUCCCGAAUGCCAGUACCCGGCCAGCAGCCCCUGCACCUCCACCACCUGCUACAACGGGGGCACCUGCGAGUUCUUCAGCGAGGCCUCCCCCUACUACCGCUGCAACUGCCCCGCCAACUUCAACGGCCUCAACUGCCACAUCCUCGACUUCGAUUUCCAGGGUGGGAUCGGGAAGGACAUCGUCCCACCCAAAAUCGAGGAGAAGUGCGAGAUCGCCGUCUGCGCCGGGUACGCCGGCAACAAGAUCUGCGACGGGAAGUGCAACAACCACGCCUGCGGCUGGGACGGGGGAGACUGCUCCCUCAACUUCAACGACCCCUGGAAGAACUGCUCCCAGUCCCUGCAGUGCUGGAAGUACUUCAACGACGGCAAGUGCGACUCGCAGUGCAACAACGCUGGCUGCCUCUACGAUGGGUUCGACUGCCAGAAAUACGAAGGGCAGUGCAACCCCCUGUACGACCAGUACUGCAAAGAUCACUUCUCAGAUGGUCACUGUGACCAGGGCUGCAAUAAUUUUGAGUGUGAAUGGGACGGUCUGGACUGUGCAAACAACAUGCCGGAGAAGCUUGCGGAUGGCACGCUGGUGGUGGUGGUCCUCAUCACUCCCGAGAACCUGAAGAACAACUCCUUCAACUUCCUGCGGGAGCUGAGCCGCGUGCUGCACACCAACGUGGUCUUCAAGAAGAAUGCCAAGGGAGAGUAUAUGAUCUUCCCCUACUACGGCAAUGAGGAGGAGCUGAAAAAGCAUUACAUCAAGAGGUCAACAGAGGACUGGUCAGAUAUGUCCAGUGCGGUCAUCAACAAAGUAAAGAGCAGCCUCUACUCCAGGGCUGGCCGAAGGCAGAAGAGAGAGCUCGAUCAGAUGGACAUCAGAGGAUCCAUCGUUUACUUGGAAAUUGACAACCGCCAGUGCAUCCAGUCCUCUUCCCAGUGCUUCCAGAGCGCAACCGAUGUGGCAGCUUUCCUGGGUGCCUUGGCCUCCCUCGGCAACCUCAACAUACCCUACAAAAUAGAAGCUGUUAAAAGUGAAACAGCUGAGCCCGCGAAGAACUCCCAGCUGUAUCCUAUGUACGUGGUGGUGGCCGCGCUGGUCUUGCUUGCUUUCAUUGGAGUGGGAGUACUGGUGUCUCGGAAGCGGCGCAGGGAGCAUGGGCAGCUUUGGUUCCCUGAAGGCUUCAAAGUGACAGAGUCGAGCAAGAAGAAGCGACGAGAACCGCUCGGGGAGGAUUCAGUUGGACUGAAACCCCUCAAAAAUGCUUCAGACGGCACGCUGAUGGAUGACAACCAAAAUGAGUGGGGCGAUGAGGAGACCUUGGACACCAAGAAGUUCAGGUUUGAGGAGCAGGCGAUGCUGCCCGACACGGAUGACCAGACAGACCACAGGCAGUGGACCCAGCAGCACCUGGAUGCCGCUGACCUGCGCAUCUCCUCCAUGGCACCCACCCCACCCCAGGGGGAAAUCGAUGCUGACUGUAUGGAUGUCAACGUCAGAGGUCCUGAUGGCUUCACCCCCCUCAUGAUCGCCUCGUGCAGCGGAGGAGGGCUGGAGACCGGCAACAGCGAAGAGGAAGACGAUGCUCCCGCCGUCAUCUCCGAUUUCAUUUACCAAGGCGCCAGUUUACACAACCAGACGGACCGCACCGGCGAGACGGCGCUUCACCUGGCAGCCAGGUACUCCCGCUCCGACGCGGCCAAGCGCCUGCUGGAAGCCAGCGCCGACGCGAACAUCCAGGAUAACAUGGGCAGGACCCCCCUCCACGCCGCCGUCUCUGCCGAUGCCCAAGGAGUCUUCCAGAUCCUGAUCAGGAACAGGGCAACCGAUCUCGACGCCCGAAUGCAUGACGGGACCACUCCUCUGAUCUUGGCCGCUCGCUUGGCUGUGGAGGGCAUGUUGGACGAUCUCAUCAACUGCCAUGCAGACGUCAAUGCCGUGGAUGACCUAGGCAAGUCAGCACUGCACUGGGCAGCUGCUGUGAAUAACGUUGAAGCCGCGGUCGUCCUCCUGAAGAACGGUGCCAAUAAGGACAUGCAGAACAAUAAGGAGGAGACCCCACUGUUCCUGGCAGCCAGAGAAGGGAGCUACGAAACUGCCAAGGUCCUGCUGGACCAUUUUGCCAACCGCGACAUCACGGACCACAUGGACCGGCUCCCGCGGGACAUCGCCCAGGAGCGCAUGCACCACGACAUCGUCAGGCUGCUGGACGAGUACAACCUGGUGCGGAGCCCACCGCUGCACAACGGCCCUCUGGGGGCACCCACCCUGUCCCCACCGCUCUGCUCUCCCAACAGCUACAUCGGCAACCUGAAACCUGCCGUCCAGGGCAAGAAAGCCAGGAAGCCCAGUACCAAGGGCCUGAGCUGCAACGGCAAAGAUGCCAAAGAUCUCAAAGCCCGGCGGAAAAAAUCCCAAGAUGGGAAGGGUUGUCUGCUCGACAACUCCAGCGUGUUGUCUCCGGUGGAUUCCCUGGAGUCGCCCCAUGGGUACCUGUCGGAUGUUGCCUCUCCUCCGCUGAUGACCUCUCCGUUUCAGCAGUCCCCUUCCAUGCCUCUGAAUCACCUGCCGGGCAUGCCUGAUGCCCACAUGAGCAUCAACCACCUCAACAUGGCGGGUAAGCAGGAUAUGGCCAUGGGAAACUCCAGCAGGAUGGCCUUCGAUUCGGUGCCGCCGCGUCUCUCUCACCUCCCCGUCUCCAGCCCCAGCACGGUGAUGAGCAACGCCCCCAUGAAUUUCUCCGUGGGCGGAGCGGCCGGUCUGAACGGGCAGUGCGACUGGCUCACCAGGCUGCAGAACGGCAUGGUCCAGAACCAGUACAACCCCCUGAGAGGCAACAUGCAGCCCGGGGCCCACCAGCAGCCUCAAAACCUUCAACACGGCAUGAUGACCUCCCUGCACAACGGCUUGCCCACCACAAGCUUGUCGCAGAUGAUGAGCUACCAGGCCAUGCCCAGCACCCGGCUGGCUUCCCAGCCUCACCUGAUGCCGAGCCAGCAGCUCCAGCAGAUGCAGCAGCAGCAGCUCCAGCAGCAGAACAUGCAGCCCCAGCAGCAGGCGCAGCCACCCCAGCAGCAGCAGGCGCAGCAGCAGGCGCAGCAGCAUCACAACCCCAGCUCCAACGCCAGCGGCCACAUGGGCCAAAAUUUCCUCGGUACGGAGCUGAGCCAGCCCGACAUGCAGCCGGUGAGCAGCAGCACCAUGGCGGUCCACACCAUCCUGCCUCAAGAUUCCCAGAUGCUGCCCACCUCCCUGCCAUCCUCCCUCGCCCAGCCCAUGACCACCACCCAGUUCCUAACUCCACCUUCCCAGCACAGUUAUUCCUCCCCCUUGGACAACACCCCCAGCCACCAGCUCCAGGUGCCCGACCACCCUUUCCUAACGCCGUCUCCGGAGUCGCCGGACCAGUGGUCCAGCUCCUCUCCUCACUCCAACGUGUCCGACUGGUCCGAGGGCAUCUCCAGCCCUCCCACCAGUAUGCAGUCACAGAUGGGACACAUCCCCGAAGCCUUCAAGUAAAAGACGGUGUUUCAGAGACGCUGGCGCCCAGCGGGAGUUAGAAGCUCGAGGGAGUUGUUUUUUUUUUUAAAAAAGGACAUUGGAUGCUUUUAUUAAAGGAUCCUUUUUAAAUAUGUUUUUAUAAAAAAAAAAAAAAAGACAAAUUAAUUCCUUUUUUUUUUUUAGUAUUUAUUUAUGUACUUUUUAUUUUACAUGAAAACACUGCCUUUUUAUUUAUAUGUUCUAUUGUUAAGAACUCAAUGUGGGACACCAGUUGUGUUUCAAGAAAUCAAAAAAUUAGGUUUUUAUAGGACAUUCUUUUUUGUUUGGGGGGGGUUCAUUGUGUUUGAAUUGAGAGGAAAUGUUUAUGUAAAGCUAUAAGCAGCAAUUUGUGAUUCUGAAAUGCCAUUAAUUUAUUUUUUUCUCUUUCAAUUCAGAAAGAGAGGUGAUAAAGAAAAGAGGAGGGAAAAAUUGACUAAAAAAACUACUCCUUGGGGAGGGGAAAUUAAGUGUGGAUGGAUUUUUGAAAUGUACUUUAAAAUGUUUCCUUUGCUGUUCUAUCUGAGAGGACAUUUUAUGGUACCAGUCAUAAAUCUUUGUUUAAAUUUCAGUAUUAUAUAGUUGUACAUUUGCCUUGAUAAUAGAAAUUUUUUGUUCUCUCUUGGUUUUAUAUAUAUAAGAAUAUAUAUAUUUAAAUGAUUUUUAUGAUCUAAAGAAAAGAAAAAAAAUCAGGAUUAUAGACCUGUAAGAACAGGUUCUAAGGUAAAAAGAAAAAAAACCCCUACAAAACAUGAAUACCGUCCCCCACCAAAAAGAAAUGUAUUUGCCAAACUUUAUAAGAGAGCAAGCCCAUAACUCUGGAGUAUAUACCAAACCCAUAACUGUGGAGUUUAUACACAAAAGGAGACUUAAUUUUACUUUGAAUAUCUUUACUGGUUUGUUUUUUUGGUUUUUUUUUUGUUUUGUUUUCGUGUUUGCAUUUGAGUAACUGUUUUAAGAAAGAAAUGCCAAUAUAAACUUGUAAAGCACAUCCUUAUUUUAAGGAUGGCCUGCCUGUUUUUUAAAGAAGGCGUUGCCUGUUACCGAGGAGGACCUGAGUGAGGUGAGGGAGCGUUGAUACCACUGCCACCGCCCCGGGCUCCUCUCCGGCUCCCCUGGGAUGCUGGACUGGCUCAACAGGAGGGCGAAGGCCAGCAUGGCCCAGUCCGUGCUGGGAAACGUUAACAUUUUGUUCUUGUUAGUCCGGAGUGAUGCAUCUUUUUUUAUAUUGGUGUACACUCUUCCUGUGUAUCAUGUAAAAUAUAGUAUAAGCCUGUGGCAGAUUUAAUGUUUGUAAAUAUCUUCUUCUUUUUUUUUUUUUUUUUUUUUUUUAAAAAAAAGAAAAGGUGGAUUUUGUUUCAAAAAUCUAAAUGAGCAAGUCUUAAAUAUAUCAUAAAUAUAUCACCUUAUAGAGGUGUUUGGAAUAUCACUCACUCGGGUGCAAAGGCAAGCAGACACCCUCAGACUAGAUACGUGUAUGGGACAGGCAGAUAGAGAGCAGCUGAUCAAGAAAACCUAAGAAAAGGGUUCCUUUUCCUCACUCCUUUUUAUUAGAACACCAAAUAAAACGGAUAUUUCUCAAGGCACAGCGCCUUGCUGAGCACUCAUCUUAGUUAACAUUUCAGACCAUUGUUAUUGUGACAUGCCUAAUAUGAGUGAUAAAAACAUCACGUGGUGUUGAAUCUUCCUAUGUUUUAUAAACUAGAGUGUAGUUUAAGAAAAGAUAUCUUCUGUAAUAAAGCUAUCUACAUGCAAAGUUGUAGUUUGCAAAAAUGAUGUAUUUUUUUUGGUUAACGGAUUUGCAAUAAAUGAUGCUUCUGGGCAUCUAGAUUUUACUAAAA